UAGCAGUACCCAGUAUUUCUAUUUAUAAAGGCUUCAUUAAUCAUAUCACCAAUGAAUAUUUGUCAAAUUAAAAGGUACAUAAUUAUUUUGAUAUAAAUAUUGACAAGUUAUCGAAGUAUGUAAAUGAAAGAAAUUGGUACCUUGAUACAUUUAUUCAGAUCAAAUAAGAUUGAUUAAACAAUCUAAUUUAUUAUCAAUAACCAGGAAAAGGGCAUGUAGAUGUAAGUUUCUUUAUAAAGUUGUUGUUAUAGCUUUAAAUAGAUUUAAACCCAGUGAGAGUUUCCUUCAAAAGGUUGACAGUGCACUAAUCUAGUUAGAUUUAAAAGCUAUUUAGCUAGCAGAGUUUAUCGAUAUAUUAGUGUUAAGAUAAAAGGCGGCUUAUGAGGAGGUUUAAAUACUUAAAGGAAAUUUAAUUAUAAAGAACUGAUUAAGUACAGUCUUUACAUUGAUAUUUGUUCUCUCUAGAUUUAAAGUACUUGUAGGAAUUACUUGGUAACUUAAAAGGCUUUGCUUAAAAGAUUUGUAGAAAACGUUUAAACGUGUAUAAAUUAUUUUUCUACAGUUGAAAUGUAUAUUAUAUAUUUUCGGUAAUGUUAAAUCAGUUGAAUUCAUGAACUGAGUGUUAAAAAUACAUGUAGCUGAUUUUGAUUUUAAAAAUGAAACGUCAAUUUCGUUGUAAAAGUGCACAUGUUACUAGAGAGGAAAUUAAACAUGAAAGUUUGGUAAAGUACCUUGCUAACAGACCCAAAUCUGGCAAAAAUGACUUGGGGAAUCGUAUGUUGUUGGUUAAAGAUGAUGAUUCCAAAGAAAGACAGGAAAAACUGCUCAGCCAUGUUUUAGAUGAAGCAGAGGCAAGACAUACUAGAGAACUUCGAGCUGCCCUAAAGAGACUUAGAGAUCAGAAAGAUGAAGAAAAGAAAAGAGCAGUGGAAAGAGAGAGAAAUUAUUAUGAAAAGAAAGCAGAAAGAAUUGAAACACAAAGAAAUGAACUUGAAGCAGAGAGAUUUCGAGAACUGACCAAGAAAUUAGAAAAAGAAAAACAAGCAGCUCUUGCUGAACAGUGGGAGUAUUGUGAAAGACUCAAGGAGGAGGCUAUAGUGGAGGCUAAAAUAGAAUUAACAAAACAAUUACGGAAGGAAUUCACAGUAGAAAAAGAGCAAGCUAUAGCUGAGGCAUUGAAAAAACAAAAGGAAAAACUUUUGACCAAAGAAAAAGAAAAUAUAGAGAAAACAAUAAAAGAAUGUGAAGAAAAAGCUAGAAAGGAGACAGAGAGAGUCGCCAAAUUACAUCAAAAAGAAAUAGACAGAUUAAAUGAGAGGUAUAAUGCUCUAGAGCGAAAAUAUCAAAUAGAAUAUUCUCACAGACAUCGAGUAGAAGAAGAUUUCAGAUGCUUACAAGAUGAUUACAAAAGAUUUUUGGAUCACACAGAUGGCAAGUUCCAUUCAGAUUAUUUAAUGAGAUUACGAUACACUGGAUUAAGAUUAGCUAACAAAAGAAUAAGUGAUGUCACUUAUGAAGAUGUUUACCAAUUAAAAUAAUUAUGACAUUAAUUGAUAUUUUUAUAAAAGUUGAUAUUGCUAGCAUUAUGAGCCAGACAGUUUUAUUCCUCAUACUUGUAUACAUGAGAUAUUUUUCUAUAUGAGCAGCAUAUUUAAGAUUAUAAUAGGUUUUGGUGCACAUGUUAUGAAAUCAAUGUGUACUAUAUUGGUAAAUCACUUUUAAGAGUAAAUGUGAGUACAUUAGGCCAGUCAAUGAUUGAAACAGAAUUGGCAGUCACAGAAUGCAUCUCUGAGUAUGUGAUGGAUUCAGUUGAAUUUAGGCUAAAAUUCACAAGAAGGAGGUAUAAAUAACAAGGUUGGCUUCAAUAUAUAUAUUUGUAUAUUAACUUUAAAGCAUUUUUUGUUACUUUAAACCAUGUUGAGAGUAUAUAUGUUAACUCCUAACUAAUAUUACCUGAAGUAUUUGAUGAUAAAUCAUUCCAUUUCUUAUAUAGUUUUUUUUCCCAUAGGGUGAUGGUAUAUUGUAUUUAUUUUAAUUGGUUGCUGAGAAUCUUUCAAUGGUGAAUAGUUAUUUUUGCGUUUACCUGGUACAACUUACAUUAUUAAAGUUAUGUCAGAAUAUUUGUCCUGUUAUCCUCUCAAUUUCGUUUAAACGCAAGAACAGACAUUUGUUCUUUAUCUUCAAUGUUUGUCAAGCUGUAUACAUAUUUUGUCUUUAAAGCAUAAAACGCUUUGCAUUCAAUUUUUCAUACACAAUUUAGUCUUCUGAACUUGGUAUUAUUUUUUUUUUAUUUUAAGACAAAUGAUUUUGGCUUGACAUCUUCACUAUUUUCAUUCAUUCUAAGUAACAUUAAAAACUGCUGUCAUAUUAAGAGCUUUCUUAAUUCAACAAAGUUAUGUUGGAAUAAUGACAUCAUACAAAUCUUAGCUGUUAUCUUAAUUAGUUGGCAGGAAAAUUUCUUUGUAAGA